AUUUAAUAUACUGUAUAGUACUUGCUUGCUAUCAAGAUUUCAAGAACAAGCUUUAUCUUCCUCCCGUGAUCUUGUCGUGAUCCCUUAUUCUAGCAUCGCGGAGUCUACUUACUGCAGAUUCAUUCACCUGCGAACUAAUGGUAACCGCACACGCUCCUGCUCUAAGCUCGAGAGCUCAAACAGAGAUUGACGAUGAACUCGCGGCACUUAAAGAGAGAAUGCGAUUUCUUCGGACGCGCCGAAACAGCCUCUCUCCCAUAUCCUCCAUCCCUCCAGAGAUCCUUGGCGCCAUUUUCGUCCAUCAUGUUCAGGAGAUGCAGUUACUUCAUGUUCCUGAUAACCCCGCGGUUCUUUCAUGGCUUAACGUCGGGCAUAUUUGUCGCCACUGGCGCGAGGUUGCUCUCGGGACACCGGAGUUAUGGGCUACUCCGUUUCUAAAUUCCUCACAGGCCACGGAGGAGAUGCUCAUAAGAUCCAAAAUGGCUCCCUUAAACUUGAGAAGCGGUCUGCGAUAUCGUACAGAGUCCGUCCAAAAGGUGUUGACGCACAUAGAGCGUUUGCGAGAGGUCUCUCUCCCAUUCUUGAAUGGUGGUGUGAUGUAUCGCUGUAUUAUGGAAUUCCUUAACAAGUUAUCAACUUGUUCCGCUCCCAAGCUACAAUCGCUUUCUCUGGAAGAAGAAUAUGCGCAAACACUACGGAUAGUAAUCCCGACUUCUUUUCUCGCGCCCAACCUUCGCAGCCUCAAAAUCAAAUACUGUGAUCUAUCAUGGACAUCAACCGUCCUCACAGGACUCACUGUCCUUGAUGUCAAAAAGUUAUCACCGGAAUGCCUUCCGACUUUAGACGAGUUGAUCUCUGCACUCCGUCGUAUUCCUGCUCUGCACACUCUCGAGUUAGAAGAUGCUCUCCCGACUCUUCCCCCCCAAACGACGCCACUCCUUCGCGCACCUCAUGCCAUGAAUGUUCGACUUCCCCACUUGAAGCGGUUACGUUUGGUGGCGAAGGUUUUGGAAGUGGCUAAUGUAUUGACUCGCAUCGAGUUACCUGAUUCAACAAUGUUGGAAGUUCAACUCGGAUGCAGAGCAUCUUCAUCUAUGAAUCCGAAUCAAGAAUGGAAUUUGAGCCUCCCCAUCAUCUCUCGUGCCUUGGAAAGUUGCUUCAAAGCCACUCCAGCUAAAUCUCACCGAGUCCCGCGUUCCUUGCGACUGUUUGGUGUUGGUCGCAUUCAUGUGCAAUAUAGCACGGUCCGAAACCCUGCUUCAUGGGUGGGGUCAAUGACUGAUACUUGUCUGGAUCCGGAGUGGGCGGUGGAACGCCCUGUUGUUCUUGACUUUGACUUUCCCGCUGAAACAAGUACAGCAAUCCUUAGCGACUUGUGGCGGCUCGUCCCUAUUAGGAAUCUCGAGGCCUUCUACAUCGAAGGUUUCUUCGCUUGCUGGAAUGGUUUCUGGACUGAUCUUCUUGGCCGCGGUGCUGCUCGCAAUCUUACAUACAUUCACUUACGAGGAACACCUCAGGCUCUUGAAGAUCUUCUCAUAUCCUUGCGUUCACAGAAGCACAGUUUAGCGCGGUUUAUUGGCGGGUGUUCACGAAACGGACAAAAUUUUGCCCCAGCACUCUCCCAUCUUGUCCUUGACAAAAUGGAGUUCGACCUCUCCUUCUCGUCCUUUACUAGGACCUCUGACCUCUUUGACGUGCUCGUCGAUCGUGUCAACGAAGGUCGGGGACUAGACCACCUUUCGAUCACUGGAUGCAUGGGCAUCAGUGCCCAUGACGUGCGGUUGUUGCGAGAAGUGGUAGCCGACAUUCACUGGGAUGAAUACGAGAAUCUCAACGAUUACGGCCUCGAAUAUGACUAUGACUCAUUCGAAGAUGAUGAUGACGACGAUUAUGGUUUCUACGGUGAUGGAGACUACCACUACGGAGAAACGUACGUGGAGUAGGUGAAAUAAAUGGUACGAUUCAGCCGUCCAGUAGCUAGGACUUAUCCUUUUCUUGACUCUCGCACAACUGUCCCUAUGAUACCUCCCACGCGAAUUAUGCUCGCUUUGAACACCGACAAACAUGUGUAGGUACUGUGCACAUUCGGUACGCAAUAUUUUCAGUAUAGCAGUGGG